AUGCCGUCCAAUACAAAGUAUGGUAUGAAGAAGGACGAGGCGGUAUGGAAGAGAGCAUUCUUCGCGAUGCCACUCUUAGGCUUGUUCAUUCUUGCUAGGCAGGUGAUGACGGUGGAGUUGGGAGGUAAGUUGGGGCCACUUUUUGAGGAAGCUCUUGCUGCUGGGGCUGUGAAGGAUGGAGCGUCAAUUGUGUCAUUGAGAAAGGUGUACACGGGAUGGGAGCCGCUGGAUACGUUUAUAUUGCCGCUUAUUGUAGCGUUUACUCCGUCGAUGGCUGGUUUUGGUGGAGCCGGAUUGAAAAAGAAGAAUGUUGGAGGAGGUGUGGUGGACCUCUAUGCGCCCCAGAGAAUGCAGGCCAUUACCUUCUUAACUGACUUCUUUGCGCUCAACGCUAUUUGGAUGAUCGAGAGCUGCCGGCAAGGGAAUGUCUUCACUUUCGCUAGGAUUUCCAAUGUAUUCCUAUUCAUGGCUCAGCUAUUCGGGAUCGGAGUCGUAGCUCCGCUCUACUGCUUCCUACACUUCGUGCUCAUCCCCAGCACCAAGUUCCACGCAGCAGACAGUAGACAUGUCCCUCUCCACUUCGCCAAAACUAUCCUCCCAACCCUGAUUCUCGGCUACGCAGUGGCAGGCAUCGGCAUGUACUGGCCCACGUCCCCAAUUUCAACUCUCCAAGGAUGGAACUUCGCAUGGCAACCUUUCCCCAUCUACCUCGCCAUCUUCCACCGCAUACUCAGAAGUUUCUUCUCUAACACAGAGAAAGAAGAUCGCGUCAAUAAUCACAAAGCCGAUCUGUUCCAUCUCCGCCUCAUCUAUGUCACGGUCGCCUUUCUCUCCUCAACAGCAUGGAUCUAUACGGUUUUCACGUCACCAACACCCUUGUAUCAGGUCUUCUUGAGUGGAAUCACAAACCGUGCUGUUCAGUUUAAUACUGUAGAGGAGGGGAUGAGGAUGUUCCUGAAGUACGAUGAGGCUUUCUGUUUUGGUAGUGCCCCUAUUUGGGUCUUGUUGUGUUUUCGGGACUUGAAGAGGGAAGGGAGACUUACUGCUGGGUGGGCCAAGAUCCUGGGCUUUUAUUCCGCGGUGACGCUUACGUUGGGUCCUGGUACGGGACUGGUGUUCAUGUGGGGGUGGAGAGAGGAUGUUUUGGCGAAGCCAAGAUUGAAGGAGUACUGA